AAUUAUGAAACAAGAGUGGUAGCGAUGUAUUCUUAAGAACGACGUAUAUACGAAGGUUUCAGGAAACCCAACCCAGCAGAUCUGUACACUGGUGGACACUACCACAUUUGGACUUUCAACCUGCUUGGAUCUUUAGAUUAUUUACGGAAAAUGGAGGGAGAGCUUCACCAUCAUUUGAAUGAGAACAUUCGUCCAUAUAUUGAAAUAAUUGAUCUUUUGCGGUCAAUUGGAGUUGAAAAAGAUUUCAACAUCGCACUACCAACUAUUGUUGUGAUCGGAGACCAGAGUACUGGAAAAAGUUCUGUGCUGGAGGCAUUGUCUGGAGUUGCACUUCCAAGAGGGACUGGAAUUGUCACCAGAUGUCCACUAGAGCUGAGGUUGAGGAAAAUAACAGAUGAAAUCAUCUGGAAGGCCACUCUAUCUUACCGACCAAGUCAUGGCUUAAGGGACGCAUACAAUCGGAACACAAUUACUUUUAAUGAUCCUUCAUUAAUUGGAACACAUAUUCAAGAAGCCCAGAAUAAACUGGCUGGAGAUGGGGCAGGAAUCUCCGAGGAAAGUAUUAUUUUGGAAAUCAGAUCACCGGAUGUGUGUGACCUCACGCUGAUUGAUUUACCUGGAAUUGCAAGAGUUCCUUUAGAAGGACAACCAUCAGAUAUUGGAACCCAAAUCAAAACUCUGAUCAUGAAAUUCAUUAGGAAUCCUGAAACUUUAAACAUGGUAGUGGUUCCAUGCAAUAAUGACAUUGCAACAACAGAAGCAUUGAAAAUGGCACAGGAAGUAGAUCCAGAGGGGACAAGAACUCUUGCUGUUUUGACCAAGCCGGACCUCAUAGACAAAGGGACAGAGAAAAGGAUUCUGGCCAUUGCCCAGAACAAAGUCAUCCCUCUUCACAAAGGCUACAUCAUGGUUAAAUGUAGAGGUCAACAACAGAUUGAUGAGAAUAUUUAUCUGGAGGAGGCUUUAGAAAUGGAGAGAGAUUUCUUCAAAAAACAUAAACAUUUCAGACAGCUUUUGAAUGACAACAAAGCUACUAUUCCAUGUCUUGCCUAUGAACUGACAGAGCAUCUGGUUAAUCAUAUAAAAAAAUUAAUGCCACUGCUGGAUGAAGAGAUUAAAAGAAAGUCAUCAGCAACAAGAAAAGAGCUGAACAUGAUUGAGGGUGAACCACCACAAGACCCUCAGGGGGCCAAACAAUACCUCAUUAAGACUUUAACAGAUUUCAAUGAUAAAAUUAAGAAAAUAUCAUCAGGGGAUCUGAUCAUUUCAGACAGUUUGUUUAUGCAGCUUCGGAAAGAAUACAAGAAGUGGAGUGAUCAUCUUAACAGAACAAAAUCAUCCUUUAACCAUCCAUCAGAUGUAAAAGCACAAAUAUUAAAGAAUAGAGGACGGGAACUAGCCGGCUUCAGCAGCUUCAGGCCUUUUGAGACAAUUCUGCAGAGCAAUAUUGCCCAACUUGAGGGACCAGCCAUUUCUUUAGUCAAUAAUAUAAAAGGCAUUAUCCUCAAGCAGUUCUCGGAUGUGUCUAAAGAGUGUUUCCAGAGAUACCCUAAUCUCCUAAAAAUCACGACUGACAAAAUCGAAGACCGUCAAUCAAGUCAGCAAAGGAAAGCUGAGGAGAGGAUCAAGGAGCAGUUAAAUAUCGAAAACAUGAUCUUCACUCAAGAUGAAAUGUACUUUAAGACCCUGAAUGAGAAUGGGAACGAGACAUUUUCUGAUGCUCAGUUACCUUUCUGUGAUGUAGCAACCAAGUUCACUGAUAUGCUCAAUGCAUAUAAUAAGAUUAUGAUUAAGCGCAUGUCUGAUCAGGUGCCCAUGAUGGCCCAGUAUAUUAUGUUAAAAGAAGCUUCUGAGCUCCUGCAGACUGAUAUGCUGAAUCUGCUGAUUGAGUCAGAUGUGACCGGGAUGCUGUCUGAGGAUCCUAGUGUCAGAGGAAGACGCGCAGAGUUACAGACUCGCCUUGAGCUUUUGACCAUGGUUGGGGAAGAAAUGAACAAACUGAAUUGAGGGAACAAAGAAAAUCUUAAUCGUGUUCUUUUAUAUGAUAUAUUUGGCCAUUUUAUAAUGAAUUAAUGUUAAGCUCUAAAAAAUGUUAUGGGUAGAAAUUGUGAGUUUUUAUGAGUGAUAGGGUGCCUAUGAUUAUUGUUGAAAACAAUCAAAAAGGUUGAGAACAAAAAAAAACACCUGCUAUUGUUAGAUAUCCCCUGAUAUCUCUUACUUUUUUAAAUGUUUUAUUUUCUGAUAUUUUAAAGAAUACAUAUUAAGGCCGAUUGUUACAGUUAGUUAUGCAAUGAAAUUAGCCAAAUUAAUCUGCAUUAUAAAGGGAAUUUAUGGCCAUAUCUUUUGUAAUUGCAUGACUAGAGCAUCUUAGCUGCAAUAGGCUUGCUGAAUUAUACGUUUAUCUAAUAAUCUUUGUGAUAUAUACUACAUAAAUCUUUUAUUGCCCUAUUUUGGUCCAAGUAUUUAUGCAAUUCAUCUUUGAUGUUGAUUUAGUUAUUUAAUCUGUUUCUUUUUUAAAUAAAAUCUUCUCAUUUUGA